AAUGGAUCCAGAGAUGUUAGUGCAACUGGUGCUGCUAGCGGCAACAGCGCUGCUAGUACCGCGCCCCGCCACUGGCGGCGCUGUCAUCAGCUCUUCUCCAGGAUGGAGACCCAUUCCAGAACCAGGCUCCAGCAUCGGCCUGACUUUGGGUUCUGCAGCGCCUGCAGUAUCCUACCAGAACUUGGUCAACAAGAUAUCCACCCUGGACGGGCCCGAAGGAAUAUCCUCGCCACUAUACGGUGCGAGUCAAGGAUUCGGUGAAGCGGACGGGGGACAGUGCGCCCUCUACAAGGUCACAUUCACACAGGACCUCUAUUUCCAGUACAUUCAGUACAAGGCGGACAUCCCAGACAUCCAGCAGUUCACCCUCUGCGCCUGGACCAAGUUCACCAACCACUCCAACGACCACCCGAUAUUCUCGUACGCUGUGCCCAACCAGCCACGCGCCAUCUACGUGUGGGUGUCCUCAACACAGCGGUCCAACUACUGGCAGAUGUCAGUGAACGGACACACCUUCUACCGGCUCAACUACCCGCUGAGGCUGCAUCGCUGGUACCAUUCGUGCGCCUCCUGGAACAGCCAGACUGGAGAAUUCCAGCUCUGGGUGAACGACGAGAGGGUCGGCAGGGGAUUCCACAACAGGCUGGUAGGCUACACGAUCCCCGGAGGCGGAGUGGCCAUCACGGGCCAGGAGCAGCGCCAGCCGGGCGGCGGCUUCCUGGAGGGCCCUGGAGCGCCGCAGGGCUCUGGAGGCAUGCUGGGCGAGGUGACGAUGGUGUACCUGUUCGGCGCGGCGCUGGCCGCGGGCAAGGCGCACCGCGACCACAAGCACCACCACGGCAACCACCACGAGGACUACCCGGCCAACGGGCAGUCGCCCGCCUCCGCCACGCCGCCCCCUCCGCCUCCGCCGCCCCCGCAGUUCAUGCACCCGCUGCUGGUCGCCGGCCAGAUCGCGCCCCGCGGCCAGAACGUCAUCCAGCAGAUCGAGGGUUCGAGGCCCCGUCUGCCCGAGCAGCCGCAGCAACAGCAGCAGCAGCAGCAGAUCCUCUCAGGAAGCAUCUUCGGGGUGGACGGCCUGGGACUGGGUGGGGACUCCUUCCUGUCCAACAAGGCCUUCGAGGGGUCCCUGCUGGAGGGCGGCGUCGUGUCCAGCCACAAGCUGUUCAAGAGGCAGCAGGAGCACCAGGCGCUGCACGGGGACUCGGACGGCCAGACGCUGGAGCUGGAGCUGGAGGAGGGCCGCCCCACCACCAGGAGGAGCAGGGAGCUGCACGUCGCGCCCGUGUCCGAGGACCCCGAGGACGAGUACACCACGCCCAGGUACAAGGCCAAGAUGCCGCUGAAACUCAGCAAGAAACAGUGGGCCACCUCCAGAACGACCACUUCUGCCGAAGAGGCACCCACCAGCAAGGCCGACAGCUCCACGGAGAGUGUCGACAGCGAGCCGGCGACCAGCAUUCCCGUCAAAAAGGUGGCAGACAGGGCGAGGAAAUCCCCUGUGACCAAGAGGGCCACCGACGGGGCCAAGGCUCCAGCCGAGGCCCCCGACCUGGAGGAGGAGGUGCUGGCAGAGGCAGACGGCGACGCCAAGAACUCGCGCACCAGCAAGAGGGGCGCCCUCCUGCCCUCCGACGACCUCUUCCUGAGCUCCAGCGCCAGUCUGCUCAGCCAGCCCAGUUCCUCGUCGGUGCUGUCGGGCUCGUUCGCCUUCAGUAAGCUGCCUGUGGAGGCGGCGCCAUUGUUGCUGCAGCCUGGGACACCUCCUCCAUUGUUGGAGCCAGAGGCGGAGCCCUACCCCCGAGAGCCUGCCGAGGGGGAGGUGGCCGAGGUGAUGCGGGUCUGCUCGGGCUGCGACCCCGAGCCGUUCAAGGCAGCCGCCAUCAUCUCGUGGCGUGCCACGCCCAAGAAGGUCUACUCCGGAGCACUCUACUCGCUCGCCAACCCGGAGUGCAGGAAGUUCUGAUCCUCUGCAUUACAGACUCCGUGACAAUGUGAUGUGGGGCUGGAUUUGGAUCCACUGGUUUCGCCUUGUGAAUGGAUGGUUUAUUGUUUGUGUGAAGAGGACCUCUUGUUCGUAUAACUGGAAAUAAUAGUGAAUUCUGUGUAUGUGCAUCUACUUGAUCAUUAUCAUCUGCUGCACAUUCGUGGAAAUAUGGGAGGGGAUUGUUACAUAGUGUUGGAGAGUGAUAUAGGCUACUGUAUGACCGAGUAAGUCGGUCACCACAUUGUCGUGCAGCAUGCACAAACUGUCCUGUACAUGGGGAGGCAAAGUACACAGAAGUACAAAGUGGGCCAGCUGUGUGACAGUGCCAACUGUUUGCUGCAUAAU